AUGAAGCCAACACCUGUAAUGGACGGCGUUGUUGUAUUCUCUUCGUGUACAGUCGAUGUCGUACGCAAUGUAUUUCCUCCUGAUUUUGUGUACCCAAAACACUUCGGGGAGUAUUGCAACGAAGAAAAGGUCCUCGAAUUCCAAGUCGCAAUAUUCACUGACGACAAGAACAACAGACAAUACGGCCAUCUCAUUGGCAUCGACAACCAACUUUCUCUGAUUGUGUUUACAACCAAACUUUGGGUGUCUUUCUUUCGAUACUUCAUGGCAAAAUUGGCCGAGACGUAUAAACAAGACCAGAAACAGUUUGAACGGACCGUCGACUAUUUCCUGCACUACAAAGUCUCCCCAUCAACUACUUACAUCAGCCACCCUGCGUCUAAUGUGCUGUUUGGCCCAAUCCCACCUCGGAGCGGGAUAUAUACAGACGCGUUUGGCUACUUGGCUUCUAUUGACAAAAACACUUUGCGGUGUUUGUUAGUGUCGAUCCUCAACGAGCGGCGAAUUGUCGUUGUCGGGAAUACCAACACCGAAAUUUCAGUUGCCGUUUUAUUGUUACUGGAAGUGAUCGAGCCGUUUGAAUGGGUCCACCUCCUCAUAACGCAUUUGCCAAGUUCAAUGAAGUCGAUCACACAAAGUCCGAUGCCUUACAUCAUCGGGAUGUGUCGCGCCGACUUCUUUGAAAUAAAUAACGACGUCAUAGUCUUCGACGUGAACAGCAAAACAAUCAAAUCGACUGACGUUACCACAACGCAAAAGGACAUCGACCUCUUUCCAAAGAAACUGUUCGACCAACUCACAGACGCGAUUGAAGAAAUCGAUAAGAUGCCAAAAACGCAGAAAGAGAAGAGGGAGCUUUAUAAAAUUAAAUUCACACAAUUCAUUUGGGCAAUCAUUGAGCAAGUCAACAAAGAGGUCGAGUUAUCGUACGAAAACGAUAAAGUAGUUGGCAAAUUUAACGAAGACAGCUUUAUUAAAAAUUCGGACUCGGACGUCCAGGAGUUCCUGAAAAUCUUCAAACGCACGUCGCUCCUCAGAAACUUUGUCGACAGAAUUGUAAAUGACUUCGCCGCCCAUCCCCUCCAGUCUCACUUUAAAUAA